AUGGGAGCAGAGCAGCCGUUUAUGAGCUCUUCGAAACCACUUAGCCCCUUAGUGGUCGCAAAACCAAAUUGUUUUGAGGCUGAUACUGCAUUCAGGAGCAAACUGGCCAAUUGCAGGCCAAUUAACCCACAUGGAAUUGUUAUUCCCACGUGGAGCCUUCCCCCUCUUAAGGAGUCCACGCGUAAAGAAAUACAAGACAACAUUUGGAAUCCAAAAGAGAGUUGGACAAUGCAUCAUCAGACACAAACUUUUGCAGAUAUUGACGGUGUUGAUGCUCAAAACAAAUUGUUUCCUUUUAAAUCGGAAGACACUUUGCCACUAUGGAGCCACGACCGGGCGCCUCAAGAUGACGCUGUCCGAUCUCAUGUCCCUGACAAUGGUCCAAGUCUUGAGGAGAUUUCCGAUGGAACGAGUGACGAACACAUGGGUGUCCCUGUCUACCUGCCUUCCCUCAAUACCUGGAUCUUGCUGUCCACCUGCGGUACUGCAUUCCUCAUAAUCACGUUCCUUAUUGGAUAUGCUGUUUAUAAAUUUCACAGACGGAACGAAGGCUCCUAUAAUGUGGAGGAGGAUCGGACAAUUGUAAAUCAACGUUCGGUUCCCGCAGUUCCGGCCCCACUCGUGUCCACUUCACUUGACUCUGGAACGGAGUUGACUUCUCUUCAGCGACACAUACCUAUUGAUAGCCAGUCCCCAAAUAAAGAGUGGUAUGUAUAG